ACAAUAACAAAAGUCUUCAGAAGUCACAUAGGGAAUAUAUUGAUAUCUUGAUAUAAUUGCUUAGGAACAUCAAAGUGAUUUCUGAUCAUUCUGUUGCAAGAAUGUUGAAAUAAAUAUUACAUAUGAGGAGCUGUUAUAGGAGAGAGAUUAUUUUAGGAUUAUGUUUUAAAAGGAAAGAAAUAUCCAGUGAAAUUCCGCCUGAUCACUUUGACUGUUUGAUUCUGAAGACUUGCUCCCUACCGCCUCCCUGAGGAGGUCACAAUAAAUAGGCAUGUAAAAUCAUGAAGUGUCCUCCAGUGCGCUCCCUCCUUCUCCACUGUGCCACAGUCAUCACUCCACCUCUGAGUCAGUGUCUCCUGCCUCUUAGUUUGUCAUAUUUUUUCAUUUAACUCUACCAUGAGUGAAAUAUUUCUGCUUUACAUCCAUGGAACGUUGGCUAAAUUAAAUAAAAGUGCGCCCAACCUUUGUUCGGAUAUCUUUUUAAAUAUUAACAAGUUGUCAUGUCAUCUCUGACUGGAAGAGGAGAGAGAUUUCCUGCCUCGGUCACAGAAGCUCACUGGAGCUCAGAAGUGCCGCCUCACUGUGAGCCCGCCGGCUUUUCUCCAAGUAUUAAAGGGAGAGACUGCCAAGCCAAAGAGCGCCCGACUCCUGAGGGUGCCGGAGGGUCCAGGGGCGACCCACUUCGGAAUAUGUGCCAGAGAGCAGACGCUGUCCCCUCCUACAGGUCCCUCCCUGGGUCCGUUGGAGACCGCAUCAGGAGUAAUAUGUUUGGGACAAUAUGUAGAGGCUCUACGUCGGUGAAUCCAGGCUCUGGGAGGUCUGAUAGGAAAGUUGCGUGUUGUGAGAAGUGCUCAGCAACCCUUGUUGCUCUGAAGAAACAAGCUCUGAGUCUGGCUGUUCACCACCACUUCUCCUGCAAGGACUUGAGUGACCUGUCAGCAUUUCUUAAAGACAACCUUCGUGUCCAUAGUCGGUCCACCACUGAAUCCAGGGACAGAGAAAGGGAGCAGGGCCAGUGUGCGGCCUGUGGUACAAACCUGAACCAGCUCAAACAGGAGGCCAUCCACCUGGCUCUGAGCAGGGGUCAGUCAUUAGCUAAGCCUCCCUUUGAACCCAGCCUCAGCACAGGCUCACUGCUGGGACAAAGUGAGACAAAGCAUGGGGACAGAGCUCCAAGGGAAGCUGCCAUGGCUGCACAUCAACCACACAGUCGAAGCCACAGUCCUCACAGCCCACAGAGCCCCAGGACGCCUCAGAGGACCCCCCAAACCCUCAGGCGGAGGGGGCCCAAGCUCCCCAACCCCGAUAUGGACCGCUGGCUAGAGGAGCAGCAGCUGGUCGCUUCUAAAUCUGUGUCCAAUACUGAUGGUGUCACCAUCUACUCUUACCAUAAGGCUGCAGAUGAUGCAACCCUGGGCUGUGGUGAUGCUGGGACUGUACAGACGAGCUCAAAGAUCCCUCACAUCUCCAGAGUGGUGACCAUUGCCAAUACUGCUGCCAUGUCCUUUUUGGCCAGGGCUGCUGAGAAGCUCAACCUGACAUCGAGGAAAAAAGGCCAGGCUUCUGAUCCAGCUCCUGCGCAUUUCUCCACCUGCUUCAGGGAGAUCAUCCAGAAAAAUCCGCCGCCUGUCCCCUCCUGCCUGCUCCAAGCUGCCACCAGAACCAAAGACUCACCCAAUGUUGGCAAGGUCAAAGUCGUGCUGAGGGUAAGCCCAACACUGUCAGGAGGCCAAGGCCAACCACCUGCUCUCCAGAUUGACCCAUCCAAGAAAAGGGUCACUAUAAUGGAUCCAGUUAGUAAAAGCCAACCACCCACUACAAUGAUACAAGGCAGGGACAGCAGAAAUCUCCUGAAGACAUUCAACUUUGAUGCUGCCUAUCCUCAGGAGUCAAGCCAGGCUGAGGUGUGUGCAGGCGUCUUGGCUGACAUCAUCCGCUGCGUGCUCAGUGGCAGCGAUGGAUGUGUUCUGGGUUUGGGAUGUGCUGCUGUGGGCUCCUGGUCCAGCAUGGUGGGGAGUGAUGAGAGCAUCCAGAAGCUCGGGCUGAUUCCCUGUGCCAUCUCCUGGCUGUACAGCGCCAUCGAGCGACGGAGAGAGAAGACCUGGACUGAUCUGACCGUGUCAGUGUCUGCCAUCGAGCUCUGCUGCGGCGAGGAGGACACACUGAGAGAUCUACUGGGGGAGGUCGUCCCCUCGUUAGGCAGUAUCCAGGACAGCCCGAGAGCCCGAAUUAGACUCCAAGAAGACCCCAUCUACGGGAUACAACUACGCAACCACAACCGAGUGAAGGCCCCGACCGCCGAGCGCGCUGCUUCCCUCCUGGACGCGGCCAUCGCAGCGCGUCGGCACAGUGACUUCGUUACGUACCUGUCCCACAGCUCCAUCAUGUUCUUCACUCUCCACGUCCAGCCCCCUCGAACGGAGAGCAGCACCAUUGGCAAAGGUUCGCGUGGCCCCACCAAGUUGACCAUGAUAGAUGUGCGUAGUGGUAUGAGGGGUAUGAUCAAAAAUAAACCUCCUCACUCUGAACUGGGCCCUGUGGUCGUGUCUCUAUUGAGUGGACUUAAAACCACCCCCAGCAAGGGCAGUAAGUUGACUAUGCUCCUGCGAGAGUCCUUGGGUCAUACAAACUGCCACACUGCAGUGAUCGCUGAAGUUGCUGAUUCACUGGCACACCUUCAAGAGACCUUGUCCACCAUCCAGCUGGCGUCUCGCAUUCGCAGGACACAGAAAAGGACGAAGCAAUCCACCUCAUGCUCUCCUUGCGGGAGGAGUUUAACUAAAGAAAAGAGAGGGGUUCAGUCUUUGUCCCUGCGGGCGUUCCACUCCACUGAUGAGGUCGAUGUUGACAUCCAUCCUUUCCGUCUUCGUGGUGAACUGGAUGAGCAUUCCAGUAGCGACCAGUCGUGCGACACAGUCAUCCAGAUAAACUCAGAUGGCUUCAUCCAGUCUAGUGCAGCCCCAAGGCUGGCACAACCUGAAUUUGUGCCCAUCAUACCUUCUUUGCAUCCCAACAAGACUGACUUGGAUGAUCCGGAGUUUACCGCUCUCCUCCAAGAGCUUCUGAGAAUUCCUCAGCUGCAGGGAGAGAAGAAGAACGAGGAGACUGCUCAGGGGCAUACUGAAACGUUAAAAGCAGAUAUAAAGCCGCGAGAGAGGGAUUGUCUUAAAUGUGAAACAUUUGCUGAACUUCAAGAGCGUUUGGGCUGUAUCGAUGGCAGUGAGUUGAUCAUGGAUGUGCUCAAGUCGUCCUCAAAAGGCCCUUCUGUCACAUCCAAAUCACAACCCCAGAAAGAAGCAGGGAAGCAGGCAGACACCAAAUCAUCAGACGCAUCACAGACGUUGCUGAAUCAGGGUUUAGGCUGCAGUCAGACCUCUGUUGGAGAAAAGCCAACAGAUGGUGCCUCCCCUGGAGACAGUUUCCAGAGGGAGGAUUCAGGUCUGUAUGACUGUGAGGAGUGCAGUGCAACUAGUUCCAGUGAAGAACUCCUCAAUCAAACUCUCAGUCUGAACAUGACCUGUCGCUCUGAGCCUCCCAACACAGGAACUCUUAAGUCACGUGAUAAGCUUCCUUCUCAGGACUUUGGUAUGGCAGCUCAGGGUGGUUCCCUCGCACAUCAGCCUACAGGAAUACAGGAGGGUCCGGAAGCUGCUGAUUGGUUCAAACCAGACAAAAGGGCGUCACCAGUUGGCAAGAGCUCCCCCAUAUCUCCUUCUUCCUCCUGCUCAUCUUCACACUCCCUGGCGACCAGUGUUAUACAUGGGGAUGUCUUACCCAACUGCCCCAUGGAGGAUGUUAAGGAAAUGAAGGCCACCAUCACAGUGACUGUCCAACAGCCACUGGACCUAAAAGGUCAAGAUGAACUUGUCUUCUCUAUGGUAGAGGAGGUGACCAUCAGUGGAGCGUUGAACAGAGGGAGGACGGGCGGAAACAUUAUUUGUAUCAGAGACACCGCCCAGUCACAGGCGCAUGCUCAGGGCUCUGCCAGCUCUCAACCAAUCAGGAUAAUCAGCAAUGUCAGUGAAGAAUCUGUAGCUGCAGGUUCAUCUAAUACAACCAAGAGCUCUGUUGUUCAGCCUGUAGCAACAGAGGACAGCACUGAAAAUCCCCAUCUUCUACCGAAAAGAGAAAAAAAGUUCUUACCUUCUUUUAUUAAUCCGAUGCUGAUUAGUACAGAAGUGGAUUGUGAUUUGGAUGGUGGUACAGAAAAAGAAAGUUCCCGUGAGUCAGGGUCUGAGCUCAAAAGAAAUAAUGUCAAAUGUCCAGAAGAUAGGAAGACGCUCGAGAAGAGGAGUGGAGCUUUUGCCUCUGAAACACAUGUCAAAAAGUCUGACAGGGUAUGCGACUCAGCUUUUAGCCAAAUCUCUUACGACCCAGUGGUUUUGGAAGAUUCAGCUUUCUGUGAUGAAACUGCGGAGGACAAAAUGUGUGGAAAGAGACCAAGAAGUGCAGACAAGAGACACCCUAGAGACAGGGAACAUGUUUAUUCCACUAACACUCAAAGGGGCUCGGAGGGGGGAGAAAUCAUCUGCAAACAUGUUGGGAAUGCCCCCAGGAGAAUUGGUGUUUCACCUGGUUACCAAGAAACCGCCACUGCUUCCUUUAAAACAGGUAGUUUGCCUAGAGGCUGGCAAAAUGCCAACUACCCGGAAAGCUACCACGGCUGUCACAUGGUAGACGACCACAGAGACCCAAGGGGGGUGACAUCAUCCACCCCAUGUAGCCCAGGGGUAACUCUGGAGAGGAGGCAGGGCAGACAGCACUCCCCAGCGAACCACAGCCACAACAUGUCCUCCCCUCGGAAAUACGGAACGGAGUACAAACAGAAAGAUAGCAGUGCUUCCAGAAAGGGAGCUGGGCCUUUGUUUGAGACCUCAAGUGUAAGAAUGAAACACGAUAAUAUGAGUGAGAGGCUGAACUCCCCCUUUGACGACAGUGGUAGGCUUUUCAGUUCCAAAUUGGAGCAGCUGGCUAGCAGAACAAAUUCCCUUGGGAGAACCCCAAGCGACUUCCCAACUCUGGAUAGAGGCAGUAGCAACACCUCUAUGAGCUCUAAGGGGAGCUCCAAGGGAAGUAGUGAAGGGGCUUGUAAGGGAGGUUAUAAAGGAAAUAAUGAGGGACAUUGUACAUUACCAAGGGCCAGCAGGAGCCCCAGGAAGAAUCCUCGAUCUGACCAGAGUCCUCACUUCUUCUCUUCCGAAAACCCUGUAGCUCAAUCUGCUAAGCAUACCCAUUACAAGCUCUCUGCUGUUGGGAAACUAAAGAUGGCUACCCCAAAAGUCCGUCGACUGUCAGCCCCCAGCAUCAAGAACCUUAGUCUCUCCCACAAAGGCCUGCGACAGUCCAUCAACCGCAGUGCCAGUCUUUCCCCAGACAGUAAAACUGUUAACUUUGAGCGGACAUCCUCCUUCCUCUCCUCUUCCCCCCCAAGAUCUUUUCACUCCAUCAGUCGGACUCCAAGCCAGAGCUCCACAUGCUCAUCAUCGAAAUCUGCCAUCCAGGGGUUUGUCAACGGCCGGAUCUCAGACCUCCUUAAGGAAAGGCCCUCCAGCCCGACCUCAGGAGGAGUGGACCACAUCACCGCUCUGCCCUCGCCAUACAGUCGGGUGACUGCUCCCCGCACACCUGAUCACCUGAGUGGGCACGCGAGUGACACCACCAGCGUGUUGAGUGGCGAUCUGCCACCUGCUAUGGGGAAGACAUCUCUGUACUUCUCGAACAGGAACAGUAUGGUCAGCAGUGGCUAUGACAGCAUGGUGAGGGACAGUGAAGCCACAGGCAGCACCACCUCAAACAGAGAUUCAGUCAGCGACCGGAGCGGCUCUCUCCUCAGUGUGGCUCGCAGCUCCCGGUCAUCUCGGAGGAAAGGCAGCACAGGUACUCAGCAGCGUCGUCCUUCCCACGAUGCAGCCCUGUCCCUGAGACGCUCGGCCAGCGGUCUGCGGUCUCGCUGGGUGGAGCGGGGAAUCCCAGAGGCCAUCGAGAUCAAGGUCUAUGAGAUCGACAAUGUGCAGAGGAUGCAGAAAAGAGCAGGUGCUGGCAAACAGGGCCCUGCGUGCUUCAGUGCCAAGCUGAAGUUUUUGGAGCACCGUCAGCAGAGGAUCUCAGAGGUCCGAGGCAAAUACAACAACCUGAGGAGGGAGCUGGAGCAGGCCAAACACAACCUCAUGCUGGAGCCUGCCCAGUGGAACCAAGAGUUCGACCUGUGGCAGACUUUCGAGGUGGACUCCCUGGAGCACCUGGAGGCCCUUGAGGUGGUGACGGCUCGGCUGGAGAACAGAGUCAACCGCUGCAAAGCCAACAUCAUGAUGGUCACCUGCUUCGAUGUCGCCACCAGGAGACGGCACAAGAAGAGACGCCGUAAGGCUCCGGAGCCGAGGGCCUUGAAGGGAACCUGAGCUGAAUAGUGAGAACUGAGGCAUGUUUAGAAGAGGCAUCUCUUUUCCGCAGACUCUUAUGUUUUAUCGGUCACACCUGGAUAUCCGUCUGACACCCAAACCUUUUUCCCACAUGCUGUUUUAACUUAAUACACACUUUAUGGUCUCGAUUAACCAAUUACCGCUGAUACCUUUAAAUGAACCAGGUGCUGCAGAUUGGAGUCUUGUACAUUGAAAUUUCAAGCUCCUUCUGCCUUCAUAAGGAGGUCAAAGAUCAAAGACAGAGCUACAAUCCAACAGCUGGCAGGAAUUCUUCACUUACAAAGGGCUGAUACUUCCAAAACAAUUUAUAACCAUUCACUUUUUAGACUUCCUUGCACAUCGGACAGCUUAAAUAAUUCACUCUAUUUGUCCUUCAAAUAACAUUUAACAUUAAAAGGAGCCUGUUUUUUAAAAACCAUUUUGGUUUAUAUAGUAUAUUCAAAGGUAUCAGUUCAACUCAGUGCAGCAGCUAAUGCUAACAAGACAUUUUAGUGUAGCUACAGGACAAAUGUAACCUUUCCUCCUCUGCUGAGUAUUAAAAACAUCCAAAUUUUGUUUUAAGGUGAUAAACCAAGAGACUCGUCUGGGUUUUUGGAUCUUGAUUAUUUGAAGAGGCUUGAAUACUGAAUUGAGAAUAUGCUUAAUAUUGGAUAUAACUACUAUAGAUGCUUAUAGACGUCUGUGCAGGUCUACGCUGGUCAUUGAGGCCCUGGUAUUAAGCACUUUUGUAAAAUUGUUAUGAUCUCAUUUCACUCUUUUUAAACAAUUUCUGGGAAAUUUGAUGCAUACAUGUACCUCAAUGUGUUCAAAACGUGGAUCUCAAGUACACACCACCACUCAGCGACAAACGGAGCAAAAACAGACACUGUGCAUUUUAUAGAACUAGUACACACCUCACUGCACUACAUUUAACUGUGACCUUUGUGUUUAAGUUUUCUGUGUUGACAUAUCUACUGAUUUAAAUUGGGUAACUAAAAUUAUGAUUUUAAUAAGACAACACAAACGAUCGUGUGUGUCAUUUGAACACCAAAUUCUGUUUUGCAGCAAAAAUGUCUCAGACUAUAAUGAAACUGUUCGUCCGCCUUAAAAGUUGUAAUUUUUUCAUGACGUUUGGCGCUCGCAGUUGUUUUCCAACUGGUUGUUCAAAAGGGAAAACCAUGCCACCUGAUGCCAUUUUGUAUAUAGAUUUUUGGUGCUGGAUUAUAAAAAUAAAACUGUAUUUAAAAUCUUUUGAAACUAAUGUAAAAAAAAAAAGAAAAAAAAGAAGCUUCUAAAAUGAAAAGGAGGCUGGGUUGAGGUGAAUAUUAGCAGCAAUCAAAGCAGUUUCUGUGUAAGCUGUGGAAACUGAUUGAGCUGUCUGAGAAGGACUGAAGCACGAGGCUCUAGUUGCUUGAAGUUACUGACAACAGAGACGCUGUUGUGAAUGUUUUCCCUCUGUUCAGAGAAUGGGCGGUCUGUGAUCAAUAAACUGGCUGCUGAAACACAUUAGUAAAUGAUUGGGGCCAGAAUAAAAAAUGUGGCUUCUACUCUCAGUCUAAUGGAGGAGUAAUUACAUUAAACGAAUAACGUCAUCGUGUCUGAAGAGCCUCGUGGCUCUGAAGUCAUUGAGCCAAUCAGAGAGGAGGCGCUGAUGCAUAAUAAUCAAUAGACAACGCUGGGUUUUCUACCUAGAUCGAUGCAUUUGAAUAUACAGGGAAGACUCACAUACACUGGAUGUUUGUUUUGUGAAUCCUAUUACUCAGCAUGUUGUACGUUACUGUUAAUGGAUGACCACAGCUCUCAGUUCUUUCCUGUGUUUGUAGACAUUGCAAACUGUGCGUCCUUUGAUUUGCAAGAAUUAAAAGUCGUCAUGCUG